AUGGAUUCUCGUGAAAAUAUCACUGACAAAGCUAGGAGACUACAGGACGAGCAGAUCAAAACCAACAGCAAUUUCUUUCUCACGUGGGACCAGUGGGUGCCACCAAAGUUAGGCCCGACUCGAUCAUUUCCACAGGAAAACCUUCCUGUUGGGUUCAAAUACUCAUUUCAGCCAAACCGUUCGCCACCAACUCGCGCACCCAACAACAACAGGAUGAAAGUCACACCAUCAACCAUGCCAGUCAGGAAGGAAACCGCCGAUGCACUUACAAAAAAACAUUUCGGCAAAGAAGUUUUUGAUAUGUGCUGGAGCACUGAAGCUGCACCCAAGACAUCGGUGGAAACACCGACCACCUCAUCAUCGGCCAAACCCCAGUGCAGCGGUCAAACGUUUGAGAUGUGCUGGGACGUCGAAAGCGAUCCAGCGCCCACCGUCAAUGCACCAGUCAAUGCACCGGCCGAAGCAUCAUCGGCCAACACAGACUAUGGUGGCCAAGGAUGCAAAGGUGGUUUUGACAUGUGCUGGGGAGAUGCCCAAUUAGGUGGAGAUGGUGACCGUGAAGGUCAUGUUACUGCAGCGCCCACCACGGCUCGGUUAACUCAGGUCGGGGUGAACAACUCAGAAUCACCUGGGAGUCAAGAUAUUCAGGCAUCACUGGCACCCUCAUCAGCACCAAGCGAAGGCUCGACAAUAACACAGGUUGAAGCUGGGGAGGAAUUGUUGCGCCGAGCCGACAACCGGCUGGACAGACUUUCGCGCCAUCCUGAAUGUAGUCGGUAUACCUCUUGGGCUUUUGCUGACAUUGCUCCUGGUGCCUUUUGCUGGUGCAUCAGAGGGAACACCGGGGGCAAAUCUGGCCGACUUGCCUUCCUCGGUGCACGAUCUCUGGUAGCGGGCACAUUCUUUGGCUGCCUCUCUUGCACCACAGGAGAUGCAUCUCUGGCAGCCCUUGUCCGCAGUCAAUGCUGGUGGCUGUAUCAUUGGCGAUGCACCAAGGUGUUCCAGACCUCGGCGAGUUUCGAUACCCGGCGAGUUGGACCUGGGCCUGAAGGAGCGGGGUAA